AUGUUUUUUUCUAACGAAACCAUCAAUAUCAAUAAUAACAUUUUCACUUUUUUCGUUUUAUUUAUAGCUUACGCACCAAAACCAUCAUACAGCUCUGGCUAUAACUCACACGGUUACAAGCGAUCAGCACCAGCUUACCCAGCAGCCCCAGCCUACCCAGCAGCUGCAGCUUACGCACCACCAGCUGUUGUCUAUCCAAGCCCACCAAUGCCAUACACCUACCCAAGUCCACCACCAGCAGUGCCAUGCGGACAAAACUUGCUAGUUGGCUGCGCCCCAUCUGUUUCGACCGUUGGAUGCUCACCACCUCCACCAGCACCUUAUGCCCCAGCCCCAGCCCCAUACGCUGCUAAGCCUGCAUACGCUCCACCAGCCGCUGCCUACGCACCAGCUCCAGCAAAAUAUUGAUUGAACCCAACCAACUGACAGAACUGAUUUCGGCCAACACAAUGGAUCAUCGUUCAUCGUUUAAUGAAAUAAUACCAUAAUGUCAUAUCAAUUCUAUCAACCUGAACCCAUUUCGUAUCAAUCAAUAAAAAAAUUUAAAGCAUUGAAUUAAAAAAAAAAAACAAAGAAAA